UGUAGGCAUUGCUGCCAAACCCGGGUAAGGCUGCUCACUCUUCUGCGAUCAAUGCUUUAAACCUGCUAUAGCACUGGAAGCAGCAUGCAUUAUUUUUUCGAUUUAUUCUGGAAUGAUUGUGUUUGGAGAACUUGACCUGGAUCCGUUGAUGACCGGCGGCCGGUGCGCGCAACAACGCAAUUAGAUCCAAUUCAAAACUUCACGUUCGGACAAUCCAAAGCGUGAAGGAGCGCGACAUGAAGACAAUUCUGCAUGUUUUAGCAGAGAGAUUGUUACGUUUUAUCAUCACUUUUGAUUAGAUCUUUUUCGUCGUCUUCUUUGUGAAAUCAUAAUGCCACACACUCGCAACAGGAACCCAAGUCCAAUCCCAGAGGUGACAUGGGACACGGGGUUGAAAGAGAUGAACGAGACCUGGAAGGGGGCUAUUGCUUGCUUGGGAGUUGCUGUCUUUUUUGUCAUGACAAUUGGGAUCAUUUAUUGGCAAGUUGUGGAUCAGCCCAACAAGAACUGGAUCCUGAAGGGGAGCUUUAGUGGGCUUAUUUGGGAGAGACGGACGCAAACUCUUGUCAUACAGACACUGACUGAGGACAAGACUUUUGCGGAGAUAGACGUGGAGAACGUGGGGAACGCCGAUAUUGAGGUUCCGUUCGUGAGGAACAUGUGCUGGCUUAACAAAACCGAGUUCUGCUACACUUGGGAUUCGGUCGCAGAGGUGAAGAUAUCUUUGGAAUCAUCAGAGGAGGACUCUGAUACCGAGUGUUACAGUGUAACCUGGACUCCAAUUCACUGUCAUGUGGACCUGAAGGACUGUUUCUCCAUGGUGAAUAUUUCGUGGUACGGAGGUGCUAGUGUCCAUGCACCCAACUGGCCGAUAAACGAUGCCAACAUUUCCAUGCAGCCCUUCACAGUCAGUGACCUUAGGGAUAACCCGUCUGGCUUCGGGUCAGUUUUAGAACGCUACUUCCUGGGAUCCUCAGGUGUGUCAGUUCUAGUGGCCCCGAACAUCCCGCUUCAUGUAGGAAUGGAGAGCAGACAGCAGUUCUGUUUGCAGACGCCGCCCAGUAUGGAGCGCCUGCCGCUGCAGUACACCGUGUGUGUUGGACACAACAUUCGAGCCGUCCAUCAGGAGUCAAUGCAGCAGCUCUCCACAGCCAGACGAGAGCUGCCAAACAUGGAUGUCUUACGGCUGCCUUUCUGGAAGCUUCUAGCAAACGUGGACUCAGGGGCCAAGCUAGAGAGCGAGCUGAGAACCUUCUCAAACCGGCUGAAGCGGCAUCACCUGGGGGAGGGAGUCAUCAGCCUUGACGAACAUUCCACUGCUCUCCUCGCCAGCAUGGACCACAGCUACCUCAAUAGCAAGAAAAGGAUGUCUAAGAGACAGACAAGGGACCUCCCUUUUGUAAAGCUUCUAAACAUUUCCAUCACACUGUCCCCGUACCUGAGCGUGGACUCGCAGCAGUUCCAGACCUCCAUUCAGGAAGGCAUUGACUACUGGCUGAGUCUGCCCUCAGGACCACAGGGACGACCGGUGCCUCUGUUGACUCAGUGGAAAGGAAAGUAUAGUGUGAAGCUCAACAUCACCAACCCAGAAGCCACAAAUUGGUUUCUGGACAACGUGGACAGCUUACAUAGCCAUUUGGGCAUGGAGUAUGUCAUCCUGGAAGGCGGUGAGGGAAACCCUUUCGAGGAACAGGCCCUGCGCCCCCUUCUGGCAUGGGUUGGGGAUGAAUACAUCAGACUUCUGGCUGACCUGGCAGAGAGGAUAGGGGAAAAUACCAUUGUGACCUCAGGAACAAGAUCCAGACACAAAGCGCUCUUCAUCCGUAUGAGUGCGCUGCAGUCAGACUGGAGUUACUCUGGCCUGAAGGGCAUCAUUCCAUCCCUGCUGCAUCACAGUCUUCUGGGAUAUAAUUUCUUCAUUCCUGAUGCAGUAGGAGGCUCUCUCUCUGCUGAACUGGUUGCCGAUGACGAGCUUUUCGUUCGCUGGCUUGGAAUCGCAGCUUUUCUUCCUGUCAUCAGCUUCCAGACACCUCCAUGGGUCUUUGAGAAGGAAUGGGUCCUAAACCUCACCAGAUUCUACAUAGCCAAGCACCAUGACUUUGUCAUUCCUUUGAUACUGAAAUACGCAGAGGAAUGGCAAGAGACCGGAAACCCCAUCUACAGGCCGCUGUGGUGGCUCAGUCCAAAUGAUCCAAUCAUGUUCACCAUUGAUGAUGAGUUCCUCAUUGGAAAUGAGGUCCUUGUUGCACCAGUUACUGAAAAAGGAGCUUUACAAAGAGACAUAUACCUCCCGGAGAGUGACUUUCAGUGGCAGGACACUAACAAUGCUCAAGUGUUUGAUGGAGGGACGUUUCUGGAAAGUUACCCAGUCGGCCUUGGGGACGUGGCGGUUUUUGUACGAUGUAGAUUCUGAGGCUUAUUUACCACUUUUUUUCUAUUUUUGAAAUUUUCACUUGUGCUGAUCUCAAAUUGCACUUUCCAUAAAGACCAUUAUCUGUGUCUCAAGGAAUCUUGAGAUUAAGUAGAAGAUAAUUUGCACUUUAAAAAUCAAAGUGGUUUAUAUUUUCUCAUGAUUUUUAGAUCCCUCUUGUUUUCUCCGCUACUUGUUUUAAUUCGUACAUUUUUUGGACUUUUUUCUUCAGAACGCAGUUUACAUUUGAUAGAUUCUUACAGCCUCUUAAAUUGUUAUCAUGAUAUAGAGCUAGAAAUCAAACUCUUUGCUUAAGAACAAUCAAUGGAAUUUUAUGAAGACCAAACAAUCGAAAAAAAAUCGCAAAAUUGAGAAAGACUCUACAAGGAAAAACCAAUGCGCUAAAUGGAUGAAGAUGAAAAUACGCUAAAACAUCACUCAUCUCAUCUCAGCUGGGUUUUUACUUGAACUUUGCUGAAUAUUUGCUGUAGUUUUGUAAUGUUUUAGCUGUACCUCAAGUUCUCAUGGUGUUUUCAACGUAUAUUUUUCGUCAUGAACUGUGAGAGAAGCACUUACUGAUAGAGAAGACUGAAAUUAAGGGCUUUUAGGGUGAAUAGCACAAUUAUUUUUGUCUACAAAACAAGAAUAUUGAAGAUCAAUCAUUAGUAGUAGAAUAUGAGCCGAUGCCAAACAAAAUUUUCAUAGCUGUACAGUCUUAGUUGAAAUGCAACACACAACAAAGGACAAACUGUUAUUUCAUAAUGGUCAUUUUUUAGAGAUUUUGAUAUUAUGCUGAUCUUAAUAAUUAUUUGUUUAGCUUCUUGCAAUUGACCAGAUUAACCAAUAUGGUAUUUCUAGAUCUUAAGUAAUUCAUAGGACAUUAUUCAAGGUAGAAUUAGAGUUUUGUAUUUAUAUCAAUUCAGACUAAACUUGAUCAUUCAUUGCCUUAACUUUAGAAAUACUUUGAUGACUGUAGUGGCAUUUGUACAUUUUGUCCUAUGAAAUGUAGUUACUAAUCGUUCUAAAGCUGAAUUGCACCAUUACAAAUUAUUUGGGAUAACGGAUGUAGAUUUUUCACAGCCCGAGGGCAACAAUUGUCCUGUAGAAUUGUGGUUUAACGAGUCUGGGCAAAAUACAGAUGCAUUUUAUAAUAAUUUGCUAGAGGUGAUGUAUGGCAAGCUGUUUUAAGUUUAAUCUAAAACAUAUUAGUGUCUAGUUUCAUGCUACUAGUGCUUAUUUUUUU